AUGGUCCGCCUCAACUCGCCACCAACGGUCCGAUGUCCUGUCACGGCGUUAGCGGCCUUCGGAAGCUGUCAAACACCCUCAACCUCCCGCGGCGCCGCCAUGGUGAUCAGCAGUGGCGCUCCUUCAAAGCGCCGCACGUCCAACCGGCACGACAGACCGAGCACUUCUGGUGCCGGGAAGUAUCAUUUGACUCCCCUCAAGGCGCGGGAUGGACGCAUGAAGCGCGUCAUUCAGCCUACCAAAAGUCAGGCUGUGCGUCGGGCUGCUCUCCGAUCACAGCUUGCGCUCCUUCUUCAAGGCGACAGUAUCUCGGAUGGUCCACAGACACUCGGCAGCACCAGCGAGGAGCCUGGAGGCGACCAAUGGGUGGAUGAGAUGCCCACCGAUAGCCUCCCGGUCCCGUAUUUUGAACCGGUGCAGGUGCCUCUUCCCCCGCGCCGAGCUGCGGUCUCUCGCUUCAACCUUGCUGAUGCCUGGGGGAAUCUCCUCCCUGCUCUGGAGGGCCCAUGGUCCCAGUUCAAGCAGGCUACUUAUGCCUCCCCACCCACUCACAUUGGGCCCUCGCUCCACCAUGAAUGCCAGCAUGCAUGCGACACUUAUAUCAACAAAUCAGUUGACUGUCUCUACCCCACGCAUUUACAAAGGGUCUUCAUCUCAACCUGCUCCUGCAAGCCACUAGCUGUCCUCUUGGUCGAAAACGGAGUCUUCCCAUCAUCCCCCCAAAGGCCACGAAUCGCCGUAUCCAUCGAUCUCUUAGAGCUGUACAGGGCGUUGUUUGAACGCUCCUCUGCGACGCGAUUACGGCGCUGGCGAAUGCACUUCAAACUGUGUAUGAGCGGCGGGGCUUCAAUAUAUCAUCAACACAGGUGGCGGACCGGCGUCAAAGCGUCAGAUCCAUUUCGGCGAAGCCUCACGCAGGCUGUCCUUUGGUCCAGUAAUCUGCGCGACCGUAUAGCGCUUAGAGUCAGUGCAGCUCUUGCUGCAGCUGACAGGUCUCUGUCAUCCACUGCUCCCUCCAGUGGCGCCGCUACCUCCCCUUCGAAUGCCUCCGCCGCCGCCUCAAAUGCCCCCAAUGCCCCCUUCGUUCCUUCUGUAUCCCCUUCGGACGCCUCCACCUCCGCCUCCACUGCUCCUACGGACGCCGCUCCUGUCCCUUCGAAUGCCUCCGCCACCGCCUCCAAUGACGCCUCCGGUCAUGUCCUCCCUGCCUCUGGCACCGCCCAUCACGCAGAUCGAUUGCUCCACGACCGCUGUCCACUGUGUUUUGGUGGGGUUGACUGGGGAAAACCACUAUCCAGUGGUGGUGAUGUCCAACUGGGAGGAGAUGCAUGCUUUAGCUACCGUCACCUUCGUUCCGCGGGGGACGGCCCAAUUGGUUAUAAGCCCCAAUACUUUGUCUCGAAGGCAAAGGUUGAGCAGGUCCGACGGCGUGUAGACGAAGCUAAGCGAAGAAGGCCAACGCAGACCCUCGAUGACAGCUGUGCAGAAAAUUGGACAGCUGCCAACGAGAAGAAGAAGUUGGUUGAUCCCAAGCGAUAUGAUGCCAGCGGCAUCUUUGCUUUGAUAUGUCGCCAUGGUCAAACACUUUUCUGCUGCAACAUCGACACCCCAGGUGAACAGCACUACUACAUCAUUGCCCUCCUUGAGGAGGUGAUCCAACUUUUGCCUCCCGAUGCCACUAUCUCCCAAGCAUAUGAUGUAGGCUGUGUUAUUGACCGUAGCCAGUAUCUUUUUGAUGUCCUGGGGACAGGUAACUCACGUCGCAUCUGGACCAUUGACCAGUAUAUUGCCUUUGUCAACACAGACGGUUUCUACCGCUUGGGUGACUGGGUACUUCGGCAACAAUCCAAAAAUGUUCGGCGUCGCUAUUAUGAUGCUGGGAACCUGCUACGCAGAUGUGGUAUCCCUAUUUCUGAUCUGCGGGAUGAAUGGGCAGCUCAGAAAGCAGCCCAAACUUCUGGUCGUAGCCAUGCUCCAAAGCGCCUCCGCCGUGAUCUUGAUAAGGUGGUUGCCUUACAAGCUCAAAUUGAUGCCAUCGAAAAAUCUCUGGGAGAUGUUCGGGAGUCAAUCUCCAAUCAGACGGCUUCUAAUGACUCCUUUCGCCUCCUUCGUGAACUGCAGGCUACACAUGCUGACCUAGAGAGGCAGGCAGAGGCCUUAUACUCGUCUCUGAACAUCCAUCAGAUCUAUCCUGCUCUGGAAGGGCUACCUCCAGAGCUUGCCCGACUUUCUUGUUACUAUGCGUGA